UUUAAUUAAAGUACAACAUUUGUCAUAAUAAAAAAUAAUUAUAAUAUAGCGCUUUGAACAAUGUCGAAUUAAAAUCGUAAUAUAAACACCCAUGAAGCAAAUUGAUGUCGAGAUAGGCUCGACUUAGAAGUUCAAAGGGUUAAAUAUCUUACGAUUCACACCGAACACACACACACACACACACACACACACAUACAUACGCACGCGCUUAUGCACGUACACUGCACGGAUAUCUAGAUUACAACGUAUACAUACAUACAUACAUACAUACGUGUCAUGUCCUUCUUAAGAUAAGAGCUUUCGACGGGAUGGUUAAUAUGCUCUAUCUUUCGAGCAUACUUGUGCAUCGCGAAAUGAAAAGGAAUAGCACGAAGGAUUUAAGGCAACAAAAAGAAAUGAGAGAAAGAACAAAAAAAAAAAAAAGAAGCACUAAAAGAAAAGAGUAGAAAAAAGAAUGAGAAAAUAGAAAAAAAGAAAAAAAAAGAAAAGAUUCUUCAUCGAUGGAAAAGUUUAAAGAGUUUCGAUCGACGUUACACGGUUUCCCUUCGAGACACUCGACCCUAGUGACUGAAAGCAACGAAAGAGAUAGAUAGAGAGAGAGAGAGAGAGAGGAGAAGGAGAGAGAAAGGGAAGAAAAACAAGGAAGGGAAGAAAGAAAGAAAGAAAGAAGAAGAAGAAAGAGAAGAAAAAGAAAGAAAUAAAUAAAGGAAGGCAGGAAGGAAGGAAGGACGGAAAAGGAAGGAAGGAAGGAAGGAAGGAAGGAAGGGAAGGUGUCCUAUCAACUGACACGUGUGCUGUGUAUUUGUGUAUACGUGUUCUUUUUUUUUUUUUAUAUCUCUGUGUGUGUUUUCCAAUUCUCUCUCUCUCUCUCUCUCUCUCUCUCUCUCUCUCUCUCCUUCUCUGUCCAUCUAUCUAUCUGUCUAUUUGUGUUUUCCUGGACGUCCAUUUUAAACUGAAGAAGAAGGAGAAGAAAAAGAGGAGGAAGAGAUCGGACAAGAGUCACGGUUACGAAGGUGCAAAAGAGAAGGAAGAAGAGGAAGAAGAAAAGAAACGAAGGGUGGCGAAGUGAGAGAGAAAGAGAGAAAGAGAGAGAGAGAGAGAGAGAGAGAGAGAGAGAGUGAGAGCGAGCUAGGAGAGGAGAAAGGAAAAAAAGUUUUCUGAAGCGUUCGCGAACACCUCUCUUCUUUUCAGUGUGUUUAAAACCGUCUCGACGAGCUUACGGUCGAAUAAAAAGAGAACGAAGGAACGAUCGAUCCAAAGAAAGAAAGGGCCGUGCAUGUUUAACUGUGGACUAUGGCAAGGAUCCGUAGUCGCCAGACUAUCAUGAUUCUCGGUUAUCUCGCGAUCGGCGUAGUCCUCGCGCAGAAUCCUGUUGAGGAGAAGACAACCUUCGAGGCUGCUUUUCAAGGAAGAUGCGGGCAUAGAUCUCCCUGCGAGCAUCUUUGCUACGAACUUCACGACGGAAUGUAUGAAUGUGACUGCAGGGACGGCUACAUACUUCAUAAGAAUGGAUAUAGUUGUGCCGAACUCAAUGCGACGUCACCGUCUACCAGCGAAUUCGGAGAACUCGUCGACGACAUGGAAAGAGACGAAUUGAACUUGGAAACGGAGGAGGACGAAGAUGCGGUCGAAGAUAUUCUUUAUAUGCGUGGUGCAUCGUUCACGAUACAUUUGGACCAACCGAACGAAAACUCGACGACAAAUGGAACAAAAGUGAACGGACAAUUCAAUGGGACAUCUGAAAUCCCGGACUCUGGUCUUCCUACCGUUUCUCCUCAGGUACCAAGCACAACGCAGAAGUCAUCAACGAACGAGCUAAGUGAUAGUAGCACUAUAGCAAGUACCGAAGCAACCUGUACCUUGGAUUGUGGACCUGGUAAUUGUUUCAUCGAGCCAUCCCUCGAUGAAGAUAUUCCGGCGGUAUUAGUUACCGAGAGAAAUGGAAGCAACGAGGAUGGAUCGAUGACUAUGGAUCUCGAGGGCAACAGCGUAGCUCUUAGACAGCAGAAGGAAGGCAACUCCUUCAGGCAGAGGUGUCAAUGCCCUCUUGGUAGAGGCGGCGAUCGAUGUCAGCUUGAAGUCGAAGUGAGAUCACCGAGAUUUACGGGGUCAGGCUGGUUGGCAUUUCCAGCGCUAAGGGCGGCUUACAAGCACGUACAAUUAGAGUUAGAAUUUCGACCGGAAGCAUGGGACGGUGUACUACUUCUUGCCGGCGAACGAGACGAUCUUCAGGGUGAUUUUAUGGCCCUUAUAUUGCAUCAUGGUUUUAUCGAGUUCAGGUUCGAUUGCGGAAGUGGCGCGGGUACCGUGAGAAGCACGCAAACGGUGAAGCUCAACGAGUGGAACACUUUGAGCGUCUAUCGGCAUCGUUGGGACGCCUGGAUACAGCUGAAUCAGGAAAAGCGUGUGCAAGGAAGAUCGGAGGGCUUAUUUUCGAGGAUUACCUUCCGUGAGCCCCUCUUCGUUGGUGGACCGGGAAAUACGAGCGGCCUCGAGAGGCUCCCAGUGAGAACUGGAUUCAAAGGUUGCAUCCGACAUUUGGAGGCAAACGAGCACCGUUACCGUUUCCCCUUGGCACCCCAGGGCGACGCAGCCAAUGGUUUCGACGUUGAGGAAUGCACGGCGGAUAGGUGCAGCAAAGUGCCAUGCGCCCAUGGUGGAAAAUGUCUGACAACCGGUGGUGACACUGCAGUGUGUCUCUGUCCCCUUGGAUACACCGGUGAUCUCUGUGAGACUAGAGUAGACCUUCAGGUACCAUCGUUUAAUGGGUCAUCCUAUUUACGUUAUCCAGGAUUAGGUGAUGCUUCACUCUCCUGGUUAGAAUUAUCCGUGACCUUAAAGCCUACGGCUCCCGACGGUGUUAUCAUUUACAAUGGGCAUCACAGCGAUGCUUCCGGUGAUUUUAUCGCCCUUUAUCUUUCUUCGGGAUACGUACAUUUCACCUUCGAUUUAGGAACUGGAGCAGCAAGCCUAAGAAGCGACAACCCAGUUCAUUUAGGAGAAUGGUUAGAAAUCAAAGUAUCAAGGACCGGUCGUUUGGCAUCUCUCAAAGUCGAGGACGAUCCAAUUCGAGAGAUUUUGGCACCAGGCGCAUACACGCAAUUAUUUUUACCAUUGAAUCUUUAUCUCGGUGGUGCACCAUCGCCCGAUCUCUAUUCGCUCAAACUUAAAACAACGAGCAGCUUCGUCGGUUGCAUUCAAAGCGUCAUUCUUAAUCGACGUGAGAUCGGUAUCUUGGCUGAGGCCUUGGGUGGUAUGAACGUUGGAAAUUGUGGUCACGCUUGCGAGGCCAGGCCUUGCGGAGACGCUGAAUGUCGACCUCUGCGAGAUCGAUUCACCUGUCGAUGUCAUGCCGGUGUACCCCAUCCAUGCCCAGCUUUGGAUGAUUAUACGUUGUUAACGUCGAUGCGUGGUAAUAACGUCAACGUACCACCACCGACGAUAUUUAAAAAUUCUGUGCCUAGUUUUACUGGAAGCGAAAGUUAUCUUCAUUAUAAUGACGCUGAUACUAUGAAGAGGAUAAUAAGCUACAGAGUGGACAUUAAUAUGAGAUUCCGAGCUAGCAGUAGUAGCGGGUUGUUACUUUGGAGCGGUCGACAUUCGGAUCCUCAGGAACAAAAGGACGAAAACGACGAUUUCCUUGCUCUUGGCUUGAAUCAGGGUUAUCUGACAUUGGCGUAUAACCUUGGCUCGGGUGAAGCCAUCUUGAGAUACAAUCUUACAAGGUUGGACGACGAUUUGUGGCAUCGCAUUAGAGCUGUCAGAAACGAGCAAUGGGCGUCGCUCGUAGUGGACAGUGGUACGGGUGUGUCGGCAUCGUCGCCAGGUCAAUUGAGACAAUUAAACACGGACACAGGAUUAUACGUGGGUGGUGCGCCAGAUAUCGUAAAGACAACAGGUGGAAGAUAUACGAAAGGUAUCGUAGGAUGUAUCAGCGAUCUGAUAUUAGAUUCGGAUUUGUCGGUACCAUUGUCGUCACCUGGACAAGCGACCAAUACGCACUCGUGUAUUCCUUGAAAAAGAACCAUGCCGUUCACCUUCGAAAUGGUAGGGCCUUUCGUAGACUAUAUCUAGGAUAUGAAAAAAAAAAUUUAUUACCAGAAGAGACUUGACUUGACUUAACGAUGACGAUGACGACGAUAACGACGAGUCAAGGUCAAAGCGUUACGACCAUAACGGAGCUCUCUCUCUCUCUCUUUCUCUCUCUCUCUCUCUCUCUCUCUCUUUUUCUCUUUUUCUCUCCCUCUCCUUCGUCCAUCUGACUAUCUGUCUGUCUCUUUUUUCCUCAUUUUUAUGAUUCGUCAUUGCACGUAGAGAGCUUCUGAAUGAAAUAUCUACCAAGCUAGAAUUAUAUGGAAAAAAAUAUAAUAUAUCUGAAGCGUCGAUAUUAAAUAAAAAAAAUGAAAAUGAAAAAAAUAAAAAAAAAUAUAUAUAUAUAUAUAUAUAUAUAUAUAUAUAUAUAUAUAUAUAUAUGGUCGUAAUACUUUGAGACCUGUCGAUCGUCCAGUUAUUCAUUUUUGUUUUUAUGUUCUCCGUGACGACUUCCUAUUGGUCCUAAAGAAAGAACUAUAGUUACCAAAACGUCAAAUGCACGGAGAGCUAUUCUUUUUUUUCCCUUUUGCCAGAUUUUAUUUCUCUUUUCAUUUCUUUUUUUGUCUCUUUAUUUAUUUAUUUAUUUAUUUAUUUAUUUAUUUGUUCAUGUAUUUAUUUAUGUAUUUAUUUAUGUAUUUAUUUAUUUUGUGUUUCUGUCCUUUGCUUUCUCCCUUUGACAUAAUAAUCCUUCAAGAAUGAUCGCGUUGAUAAUGCGAGCAGCAAAUUUGUUAGAUUAGGAUCGUGAACGUAUCGUAACGAAGGACACGAACAUUCAAACUAUAAUUCUCUGGUACACGGAGGCGCAAAGGUUCGUGGGCCUAAAGCAAAAAAAAAAAAAGAAAAAAGAAGAAAAAAGAAAAACAAAAUAGGAAAAGAAAGGGAGAAAAGAAAAAAUAAAAAGAAGAAUAUAAAGGAAAGAGAAUAUUAUAAGCAAAGAAAGGAUGAAAGAGAGGAAGAAAAAUAAUGGAGUAAUACGGUGUAGGCAGGACAGAGAAAUCCCUCCAAUGUCAAUUUUUAUUAAACGCCCUCAUACACCGUUAAGGUAAUGGAUAUACUUCGAUAAAUAUGAAGAAUAAACGAAAGAAGAGGAUGGAGGAAGACGAAUAAGAGAAGUAAAAACAACAAAAAAAAAAAAAAAAGAAAAGAAAAACAAACAAAUAAGUAAUUAAAUAAAUAAAUAAAUAAAUAAAUAAAUAAAUAAAUAAAUAAAUAGAACAAGGAAGAAUAAAAAAUACCCGCGUCGUUUCAGGGUCAUCGAAUACAUACGUAUAUAAAUACAUAUAUACAUACAUAAAUAUAUGUAUAAUGUUUAUGUGUGUGUAUGUGUGUGUGUGUAUGUGUGUGUGUGCGUGCGUGUGUGUGUGUGUUUAUAGAUAUGUACGUGUAUUUCACAGAUUGCAAUUUUUCUUGACACGUACGUACAUACAUAUAUAAAUACAUAUGUACAUAGACGCGGAUUGCCAGUUACAUUCUACAUAUACCAACGACGAUGAUAACGAUUAUGAUAACGACGACUAUGAUUAUGAUUAUGAUUAUGAUUAGGGCGACUAUGACGACGAUGAUGAUCUUUUUAUCAAUGUAGAAUUUUUACGACGCAAAUUUUCAUAUUGAUUAAGAAGGGUGUACACCUAUAUAAACGCGUUCAUAGUUCUUCAUAAAUACAUAAAUGAAUAAAUAGAUACAUACAUGCAUACAUACAUACAUACGUACGUACGUACGUACGUACGUACGUACAUAUAUACAUACAUACAUACAAGUACAAUUGUUUCGGUUUUAUAACGUUUAAUGAGCCGUGUCAUUGCGAUCGCUCUAAUCGCCGUUUAACGAAGAAAAACUAAAGAAGAAAAUAGAAAGAAAAAAAACUAACGAAGAUCCUGAUCCGUGUAGGAGAAAAUAUAUAUUAUUAUAUACAUACACGAUGGACCAAAAAAUAUUCGAUCAUCCUAGAAUCGGAAUAAUAAAUGGAAUAAAGAUCGGUGAUUAUGUUUACGAGCAAGAAAGAGACAAUAAUAGUUCGUUACCGUAACUAUUAUAGAAAGAAAAGAGAGAGAUAUAUAUAUAUAAAAGAUAUAUAUAUAUAUAUAUAUAUAUAUAUAUAUAUAUAUAUAUAAAAGAAGAAGAAGAAGAAAAGAAAAAAGAGAAAAAAUAAAUAAAUCGCGUUCGCGAAAUAAAUGUAUUCUCAAAGGAAUUUAAUUUUCUUUUCUUUUUAUUUAUUUAUUUAUUUAUAAUCGUUAAUCGAGCAGAUAAAAACUAAUUCUCUCGAAGAAUUAAAUUUGUAAUGUAAUCUAAUUUGAAUGUUUCUAGAGAUAUAUUUUUGUUCUUUUUUAAAUCUCUUUGCUGAGCUUGCUGCUACUUCUUCUUUUUUUCUUUUUUUGUUUUUUCCUUCUCUCCAACAUUACAUACACACGGGCAUACCAUCAAUAACAUUGGCUGUAACCUAUCGCAACAUAUAUAUAUAUAUAUAUAAUAAAUGAUUAAAAACAAUAAAAAAAUGCGUGUAUAAUAAAAGUCUCUCUCUUUCUUUCUCUUUUUCUCUCUUUCUCUCUCUCUCUCUUUCUCUCUCUCUCUCUCUCUUUCUCUCUUUCUCUGUUAGUGAGAGAGUAUGAAAAAUAAAAAUAAAGAAAGAAAAAAAAAAAAGGAAGGAAAGAAGGAAUAAACGAAAUGAAACGAAAAACGAAAUUAACUUCGUUCGUUUCCUUCGAUCAAAAUUCGUAUAUUCGAGAAUUUUCUAGAUCAAAUCACUGUUCAUAAUGAUUUGAAUGGAAAUGAUGAUGACGAUUAGAGAACUGAUCCUAGGUUUAUUUAUUCAUAAACUUACUAGGUAUAUAUAUAUGUAUAUACAUAUAUAUAUACACAUACAUACAUAUAUGUAUAUAUACAUGUCUCAUAUCAACGAAUGGAACAAUGACGAUGGACAAGGAUUUUAAAUGAACACCGACACAUAUGUAUGUUGUAUAGUUAUAUAUUACACACGUACAUAUAUGUACGAUCCAUUGAAUCGACUUAAAAUGAAGUAAUCUUAUUCGAAUGGCUGAAAAUUUAAUAAAAGCAAUCGGCUGAUAUGUCAAUUUUUGUACGAUUUAAUGUUGAUUUCUGUUAACUAUGCGUAUUUGAUAUAGUAUAUCAAAAAGUAGAAUCAUAUAAUAUAAUUAACGUAGACAGAUUAAUGGGAAAAUUAUUGAAUAAAAAAAAAGAAAAAACAAUGAAUACAUACACACACACAUAUAUAUAUAUAUAUUUAUAUAUAUUAUAAUAUAUAUAUAUAUAUAAAUAUAUACGUGCAUACACACGCGGACACAUACACGCAUACACACGGACACACACGAGUACAAUACAUGAGAAUCAAUCGUACGAAUAAAAGCUCGCGACUACUUCAGUCGACUUUUGCAUACGAAUAUAUAUAUACAUACAUACAUACAUACGAUUAAGUACACAUACGUUACAAUACGUUGCUGUGGGAGUAAAUAAAAUAAAUGAAAAAAAAAAAAAAAAAGAAAUGAAAAAGAAGAAGAAGGAGAGAAAAAGAAAAAAAGGAAAAGUUAAAAAGAAGGAUAUAUGAUUCGUCGUAAUAAAUGUUACAAAAGCGUUAUUUUGCACUCACGCACGCACACGUACACACACAUACAUACACAAGACGCGCGCACGCGCCAGAGAGAAAGUAAAUAUAUACAAAAGUAUUCGCCUUCGUCGUUUCUCACAUGAUUUACGCAUUUUUCGCGUUAUUUUGAUAUAAACAAAAUUGAGGGCGGAUGAGUGGAAGGAAUUGGGGUUAAGGUAGGGAGGGAGGGAGGGAGGGAGGGAGGGAGGGAGGGAGAAUUUGUUACGAUCAAUCCGAACACACAAUUUUGAUCGUAAAGUCAAACGUCCUAUAGCGCUUUUCUUCGUUAUCCUCUCACAACUCUACCGUACUUAUAUACACGAUAUAUAUGUAAAAAAAAAAAAAAAUAAUGAAAGGAAAAAAAAAAAAAAGAAAAAAAAGGUUUACCUUUAUAUU